AGCCAUAGAACUUUCGCCCAUCGAUUCUGCCAGCGCCGCCGGAGUUAGCAUGAAUCGGUUUUUAAGGGCUCAAGGCCAGUCGGAGUUUAUCAGGGCCAUCAUGAACACUGUCGGCGAAGAUCCUGGGCCUAGUAGUAUUUCGUAAUCAAGCGCACGCAAUAGAUGCAGAGCAAUGCGAACGAUAUGCCGUGGGGGAAGCCGCCCCGCGGAUUUGCCUGAGCCUUGGGAUCCACUCCCCUCUCUUAUAUAUUGUAGAGGCCUCAUACUUCGUUACCUUUUCAUGAGCCAAUAAAUCCAACCAGCUUAGAAACACAGCGAGAAAAGAUGGCUGCUCCCAAGUCCCGACUUAUCCUUGGUCUUAUGACCUUUUACAAGACUCCUACCACCAGCGGCAGAGUCACCGACUUGGAUACGUUCAACAAGGCACUUGACCUUCUGCAGGCUCGCGGAUAUAAUGAGAUCGAUACGGCGCGAAUGUAUGGCGAGGGAACCCAGGAGGGUUUCACCGGCCAGACAAACUGGAAGAAGAAUGGCUUCACUUUGGCGACCAAGGUUCAGUAUCCGAGAGAAUAUGGCGACAACACACCAGAAAAGGUUAUCGCAUCCGUCGAGACGAGCUUGAAGGAGCUGGGAACCGACAAAGUUGAUAUUCUGUACCUUCACAAGCCAGACCGCGCAACACCCUUUGCUGAUACCCUUGAGGCAGUAGACAAGCUUCACAAGGCUGGCAAAUUCAACAAGCUGGGUCUCAGUAACUUCACAGCUUUUGAAGUAGCCGAGGUCGUGUUGACAUGCAAGUAUAACGGCUGGGUUCGCCCUACUAUUUUCCAGGCCAUGUACAACGCCAUCACUCGAAACAUUGAGCCCGAGUUGGUUGUUGCAUGCCGUCGCUAUGGCCUCGAUAUCGUGGUGUACAACCCUCUUGCCGCGGGCCUCUUCUCAGGAAAGAUCAAAUCCAAGGAUUUCGUCCCCACGACUGGACGGCACGCUGGCAAUACGCCGAUGGGGGCAAUCUCCCGGGGCAGAUACUUCCGAGACAGCACCUUUGAGGCGCUGCGCAUCGUCGAGGAGGCUGCUGAAAAGGAAGGACUGACAUUGAUUGAGGUGGCAAUGCGAUGGCUUGUCCACCACUCGGCGCUCAAGGUCAAGGACGGAAAUGACGGCAUCAUCGUCGGCGUCUCGAGCGUAGAGCAGCUGGAGAACAACCUGGAUAACUUUGAGAAGGGCCCGCUGCCUGAGGAGGUGGUGCAGGCGCUGGACCAGGCCUGGCUCCUCUGCAAGGCCGAGUCUGUCAACUACUGGCAUGGUGACCUGGAAUACAAAUACGAUCCUCAGCAAGUCCUGUUUGGUGAAGGUGCGAAAUAAAUGGCUUGCGCGGGUGAUGGAUGGCGUGAUGGCGGCCUUGCUUGUAAUGGACCUGGCUUUGAGUCUGGUUGGACGGCUUGUUUGGGCGGAUGACCAGACCAUGCGCAACCAGCUGUAUGUAUACUGAAGAAUCUACAAAAGUUUUAACAGGACAAAAAGGCCCUGUAAAUACCUAUAUAAGACACAGCUUACAUUAUUGUUAUGUACCGUGGUGCUUGCAUUUGU